GAACUGCAGGGCGGAGUAAACAGCAGUGAGUCACAGCUAACAGGCUAGUGUUCCUCUAUAGUGAGCACACAUAGUGGAUUUAUGAAGAGAGUUUGUGACUUGGCCCUGCACAGAUAAUGGACAUGAGUACCAAUGAGUGCUUUGGAUGUGGCCGCUCUGGACACUGGAUCAAGAACUGUCCAAAUGCUGGUCGUGGUCGCGGCAGGGGCCGGGGACGAGGAAAGGAUCUCUUCUGCUACCGGUGUGGAGAGCAAGGGCACAUCGCCAGGGAUUGUGAACAGACCGAGGAUGCAUGCUACAACUGCCACAGAAGUGGCCAUAUUUCCAGAGACUGCAAAGAGCCCAAAAAGGAACGAGAGCAGUGCUGCUACAACUGUGGCAAAGCCGGUCAUGUGGCGCGCGACUGCGACCACGGCAAUGAGCAGAAGUGCUACUCUUGCGGCGGCUUCGGACACAUCCAGAAAUUAUGCGACAAGGUGAAAUGUUACCGGUGUGGCGAGAUCGGGCACGUGGCGGUGCAGUGCAGCAAGGCAACUGAGGUAAACUGCUACAACUGCGGCAAGACCGGUCACCUGGCGAGAGAAUGCACCAUCGAAGCUUCCGCGUAACCCGUUUCCCUGUCGCCCCUCCUUUCCUGAUUGAUGGUUGUUUUGUUUCUCUGAAUCCUCUUCAUUUGCCAAACGCUGGCACACAGAGGCUGCUCCCGGGCCAGUGAGCAGCUUUCAGUUUCGUUUUUACUUUUUAAUGAAGAUAAGGGGUCAAAAUCAUAAUGCAUUCAAAACAAAAUGUUUCUUUAGGUGGAGGUGUAAAGUAUGACGCUUUGUUAAAGGACCCCAUUUAUGAGCCACUGGUGAAAGAUCAGUUACUGGGAGGUCACAUGCCACAUCAGACCUCUGAGCUCACACGUGUGAACCUCAGAUGAAAUGUGAGAGGGAAGGCUUAAUUCUGAUGUUUCUUUGAUUUAUUUUUUGUGGUUCUAUAGAGAAGUGUAAGCUGGCUUUAAGAGGGUAUGACGGACAAAACCAUUUCCACCUCAUUCUGGUCCCCACAAGCAGUUCUCAGCACAGAGUGUGGAAACUAAUGAAAUGUUAUCAGUAUCUUCUAGAUUAAUUGAAAAAUCCUAACUUGGUUUUCUGAAUUUUCUUUAUUGACUUUCUAAAAAGUCAUGUUUGCGAACAUUGUUUGAUAAUGCUGAAAGCUUAAAAAUAUCCAGACCAAUAGAAAGAAUUGUGGAUUUAGUGACAAUUUGCAAAAAGAAUGUUUUCACAGAAAUCAAAUAUUAUUUUUGUACAAUAUCUCUGACUACUGUAAGAAUAUCAUUUGCUUGUACUCAGUUUUUAAGUCGGAAGGAAGUUGCAACUGAAGUCCUAGAACAUAGAAAUGUAAUUUUAAACUAUCAAUAAAGCUUGAGGAGGAUGGGGAGAUUGCCUUCAUUCAGAGUCAUUUA